AUGAAGACUCUUUUCAAAUCACAGGAUCUGUGGGAUUUGGUGGAAAAUGGUUUUGUUGAUACAGACGAGCCCAACCAGCAGCUACGAGACACUUGCAAGAAGGAUUCCAAGGCGCUUUUCAUGAUCCAGCAAGCCGUUGAUGAUGAAAUCUUCCCACAAAUUGCAGCAGCAACCACUUCAAAGGAGGCAUGGGAGAUCCUGAAGAAGGAGUAUUUGGGAGAUGAAAAGGUAAUUUCCAUUAAAUUGCAAACUCUACGACGUGAUUUUGAAAAUUUGUCAAUGGGUGAGAAAGAAUCUGUGGAAGAAUAUUUGUGUAGGGUUUCUGCAAUUGUGGGUCAAAGAAAGACCUACGGUGAUGAUGUAGACAAUGAGACUGUUGUUAGUAAAGUUUUGAGGAGCUUAAUCUCAAAAUUCAAUCACGUUGUUUCUGCAAUUGAAGAAUCGAAGGACUUGACCACCUACGACUUUGAUAUUCUGAAGAGCUCCUUGAUAGCACAUGAAGAGAGGAUUAAUAGGACAUCUGAAAAGGUUGAUGAGAAGGCUUUUCAAGUGAAGGGGGUGUCUAACAAGGAAAAAUAUGAUAAUUCUGGUGGCCGAGACAGAGGCAGAGAUAGAGGUCGUGGCGGAUUCCGUGGACGUGGUUGUGGUGGAGACAACCAUUGA